CGGCCUCACUGUGCUGCCUUGUAUUAUUAAAAAUUUAAUUAUUUGUUAGUCUGGCAACCUUGGUUUGGCAUCAGCAUUUUGCCAAGCAAACAAUUUGUCGGCCACCCAAUUGUAUGGGAAAUUCGUAAAUGCUUGCACCAUUGUUUGUUGGGUAGUCAAAUCGCAGCGAACGUAGAACUGUCGUUCGGUCGCCAAUACACAUAUAUGUAAUUUAAUUUAAUAAUAGUACAAUACAUUUUAGAGUGUGAAGACAUUGUGUCAUAAAUAUAUGAAUUAUAUUAUUCGCUAAUUAUGUAAACGGCAAAAACGGUGCUAGUUAAAAUCGAAUUGAGCAGUGAAAGAAUCAUUUUUCGCGCAGUGUGCUGUGGAUGCUUGCUUAUUAUAUGUACGUGAAUAUGUACAUACAUAUGUAUGUACUUGUAUAUUUUACUUCGUGUUCGUGACAGUUUAUUUUACUUACAUUAAGUAGUUUUUACAUCUAAACGUAUACUACACAUAUUUCUAAAACGAUAAAUAAAGCAAUUAAAGUGCUACUGUUAAGACAAACAGUGUAAAAGUCAACGUGAGAAUAAAAAUAAUCAGCUAUAUCGACGUUUCAUUGUCACACAUACACGCACACAUCUACAAAACAAGCGCACCGCGGACACACGUGCGUGUCUACCUACACACAUACACCCACACACUCAACACACACACUUUUGCAUACAAAGCAGCGCUCAGCUGUGCUCAGCUGUCAUUUGUUGUCAAUGUGUUUGAUCCUGCCACAGUGUUUUGUUUUGCGCGGCAAGCUUGCAAAUCGGUGUACCGUAACAACGGCAAUAGCAACAACAACAAUUGAUUGACUCAACCGUUGGCAGCCACAGCUCUCUCCAUAGCCGGAGGGGCCUCAUUAAACUCAACUUGCGAUAAAGUUGAGGUGUCAGAAGGUAACAAGCACACACAAAGAAAACAGCUAACAUGCAGUCCGAUGAUAAAGCGUCCAAGUUGAACAAAAGCCCAGCCACAAAGACUACGUCUGACCCAAAGACACACACGACUCCAACAACAACAUCAGCAGCAGCAGCAACCACAACAGCAACAACCACAACUGUUGCUGCUGCAGACUCCAACUCAAAGUCGAGCAAACAACGGACAAUCAGCGCUUUGGUACGCGGUCUGCAUGACACGGGCACAAAUGAUCUGCAGUCGCUGCAUCGUCCGCUGCUGGAGCGUGAGGAGCGAUUGCUGAUGUUUGCAGCGAAUCACAAUUCCAAAUCCACGCCAAACACAAGCCCGCUGGGACGUCGUGGCGCGGGGGCAGCGAGUUGGCUCCACAUGCGUCGCUGCCGCGUCUAGUGAUCAACAUCGAGGCAUCCGCCGAUGCAACGCCGCUGGAUGCAACAAGUUGCAACACGACAGCGGCGACAACAACAACCACGGGCAGUGCAUUAGCUUUAUCGCCAUCGCCAACACCGACGCGCUCCCUCACCCCCGAUAGCUAUGGCCAGGAGUUGAACGGAGAUGCCGGCAGUGGGAGUUAUCAUCCAGAGCUGAGCAUCACGCCGAACACAACGCGACGUUUCAGUCACUUUAAUUUGGCGUUACGUCGCUUCUCCCAUAUCCAC